AAGUACUCUCCUUGCUUUCAGCUGUCAAAACAAAAAGCAGGAACUGCGACGCCGUACAGAUAUGGAGGAGCUGGUGCAGGACCUGGUCACUGCCUUAGAGCAGACUUCGGAGCAGGCUGAACUGGAUGAUCUGUGGCAGGAAAUGGUGCUCAGGCCACUGCAGCACAGACGCCAGGUUCGCAGACGGAGGGGCCGCAAACGACGCUGUGAUUUCGAGCACAGCCUCUGCCUCAGCGAAGCAUCCGAGUCCAGCCUGGAUGAAGCCUUUGCAAGAGAACAGAGACACGGCGCUGUAGGAGCUGUGGCCAUAGCAGCAGGUCCUAUGCUGGCCGCUAACCACAGUGAUUCCGACGACACGCUGAUAGUCAAGCGCUGGACUCCGUCAACACUGUCCUUCCGAACCAGACAGCAUUCCUGGCCAGAGUCGGACUCGUUCACAGAGAACACACCAGGAAGGCCCUUGCGCAGACGCCGCAAAGUGAAACGCAUGCCACCAAAUGUAAAUGUCAACAUGCAGCAGAGAUUUAGAGUGUGUGGGUUGGAGAGAGGUGAACAAACCCAUCGUCAGUGUCAUCACCAUCAUCAUCACCAUCAUUAUCAUCAUCAUCAUCAUCAUCACCACCACCAGAGGUCCUAUAAGAAGCAGAGGCUGAGCCGACUGAAAAAGCGCUCGGGGAGCUGGUCUAAACAGGACGGUGGCUCUGUGGGGGCUGGAGUGGGAGGCCUGUCUCAGGAAUGCUGGAAAGACAAGAUCCUGCGCCAGGCCAAGGAGAAGAAAGACGCGUCUGAUGAGAACAUGUCAGAAUGUGAGACGAGCAGCGUGUGCAGCAGUGACCCUGGGCUUUUCACUAAUGAUGAGGGAAGGCAAGGUGAUGAUGAACAGAGCGACUGGUUCUUCGAAGGGGAAUGUGCAUCAGGCAUUGGUGUUCAGGGGCUGAUCUCCAGCAGAGAGUCAGAAACAGCCCCCAGGCCUGCAGCACUCGACGCUAUGAGAGAGAAACAUCACUCGGCUACUUUCCUCCACCCCAGCCAACCCAGUCCGAGAGGUUGUCAUGCUCGUAUAAACCGUUUGCCAGGUGUGACUGCGUGCUGCAUUAGAAAAGGCAGAAGGAGAUUGCCUGCCAAGGAUAACAAUAUUGUUGCUUGUGUAGACAAACUGAGGAACUACUCACAUGAUUCCUGUCACAGAGAGUUUUGGCUGCCCCCCUAUGGGAAGCGAGAUAGAAGACAGUUGAAACCUUUGUGUUCACUGUCCAUGUAUCCUAUUGGUAUGGGUCCAGAUGCCUCCCAUUCCAGAUGCUCCAUAUCAGAUUGUAAAAACAGUAGACAGCGUGGUGCACAACUAGGAGUGCUGUGUGGAGGAGACAUCAAGAGGAGGAGGAAAACUGUAGCAGUUCCCAAUGCCACUUCAGUUUACCUCCCAUUCCACAGAGAGGCACAACGAGAAGAGGCUAACCGAUGCUGUGAGAUGGCUUUCUCUCCUGGAGGAGAAUGUACUCACCCCUUGCCAUCCACUUCACACACACCAGACUCCAUCAAACCAGGGACUUCAUUCAGCAGCCAGAGGGAACACGAGGAUGACUGACACACACUCUCACAUUGGCUGCCCUCUUCAUGGGCACAGCUGCUCAGGGUGGAAAACCUAAACUAGCACACAGAGAAUACUGACGUGAACAGAAAGAACUCUCCGUGACAAAACUUUCUGAAUUCAAGUCUUUCCAACCAAGCAACCAUUGUACAGAUAAAAAAAGGCUAAUGCAGUCAGUUGGGUCAAGAUGUAAGCCCAAGGCAGCUAACCCACCAGACAUCAUCCCAUUCAGACCGAGACCGAAUUCGUCUUUGUGGCUAUAGAAACGUCCACUGGGUUACUUUUUUAAACGUGGUUUUGGUGUCUAUGUUCUAGAAGUAGCUCACUCGUGUAGCAUCACUAAAGUGUCAUGCGUUACCCCGACGCAACGUUCAGAAGAUCGACCACCGAAAGUGAAAACACCUAGGUCCCUUAUUAACAUGAAUAUGAAACGUUAGAGUGCUCUAAAAACACUCAUUAGCACAACAGAGCGAGUGUGUGUUCCUGAACCCUCCGGGGGCCUCCACUCUCUGCUUCACAGUCCACAUUCAAAUGCUCACACAUAAAAGUUUGGUGCAGCACAGUGCCUGCUUAAACCUGCAUUUUAAUUUGAAGGUAUCGUUUCAAUUGGCAUUGUGAUGAGUCUUAAUAUUUACCACAGUUUGGGGUCAGUGUGAAUAGAUUUUGUGUAUUAUUAUUAUUAUUAUUAGCAUGACUUGCUGUAAAUAUUUUAUGGACAGUCUGAGAAUCCUUUUGCUAUUGGAAUUUAAUACCUGUUGCUUCUUGGAACCAUUUCUAUUUCAGCAAUCAGCAUAAUGAGACUGCUUUUUGCUUCUGUUGACAUUUAUAAAUGGACCAACGUGGCUGUGGAGACAGCUGUGGGAAGUGACCUCAACCCCCCCUUUUCCGCUGCGCUCGCUCUUCUACCAUAUGACCAGCUGCCUUGAAUUGACAGAUUGCUUGCUGUAUUUCCUUAUCGCGUUUUCGUCAAUCGUCAAAGCUAUUGCCUCACCUGUCUGUAAUUAGUUGUUACCAUGAGAACAUUACCUCGUGAGCCCCUCCCCCCUUCGCUUGCUUGUGGCCUGAAAUGAGUUUCGUUGGUGGGGCAGAAAGUGGGGGUGGGAGUGGGGUGUGGGGGACAACACAACGCGUGCAUCCAGUCAAUCACCUCAGCUACAGUUAAGGAAUCCAGUGGGCUGAUGCUCCUCAUAUUUCAUCCUUGGUAAAGAUUACCUGUCGGCCCCAGAGGAGAUGUAUUGAUCUGUUUUCCUUUUUUUCUGCCAGCAAUCACCUGACAAAGGCACCUACGAGUGGAGAAGUGAGUGAUGCCCGUUCAUGUCUCCACCCACUGUGGUAUAUUCUGUGCGGGAGGCAAGGUGCGGUGUAUGGGGGGGGUAGGGGGUUGGUGUCCACUUAAACCUGACCAUAACGUCAGCAUAAACCCUGCAUGAACUUGUGCAUCAAGUCAUGACCAACAUGUUCUGAGCUGAUUUACUUACAUAAUAUUUAGGUUCUGUUCCUUAACGGUAGGAUGUAGUGGCGUAGAUAGGAAAUAAUGUCAGAAGAGGAUGUGAAGAUAUACUAAUAGAUAUAGGAAAUGCACUAAAUAAAAUCACAAUGUUUUUUUGUUUUUUUUCAGUGUGAUGCCCUUUUAUAUUUUGGCCAGAUGCCAGACAGUAGACGGUAGUAUUCAGAAUUUGUCAUUUUAUUGGUAGUCAAUAAAAUAUGAUUAAACAAUCUAAGGGAUGUAUUUGACAUAUGGGGCAGUUUAAUAUAGAAGAAUGAGAAUGAUAAAUGUUUACGAACAGAACAUCAAUAUAAUAACAGUUACUACACACACAAAAAGAAUGUUUUUGCCACAAAUAUAUCCACCCAUGAUAAAAAGCAUUUGAAAUUGUCAUCUUUGGAAUAUGACAUAUCUUAAAUAAAUAAUGAUUUGUUGUAGUCAUUUGUAUUUGACAUAAAAAAAGGUAAUGCUGCUAAAUGGAGUUGUGUUAUAGUGGCUUAAAAAAUGAUUUAACAAAAUGGAAAAUACAUGUAUAUAACUAAAAAGUAGUUACUGCUUCUGGUUCAUAAAUGAUACUAAAUUGUACACCUUCAGCCUGAGUAAUGUUAGAAUAUCACUGGAAAAAAAAAUAGCAUUGUAACAGCUUUAAAAUGCUUUUUUUUUUAAAUAGAAAAUUUGUCUAAGAACUUUCUAUAGGAAAAGAUGGUGGCAUCAUUGUUGCUUAAAAAUUCUACCGCAUGUUCUGCUAUGAAUGUGUUGUAUAGCAGUGUAUACAAUGCUGCUCUGUGAUAAUAUAAAAAUAUACAUGUUUAAUGCUUGCUUGUUUGGAUAACUGCUUUGAAAUUCCGCAAGCCAUCUUCAUUAUGAACGUUUAGGUCAAUAUUUAAUAGAUUAUUGUACCGUUAGCAGUACAAGUCAUCGAUUACUGCUCAGAUUUGGAUAAAAGAUUUGGAUGUAUACAGUAAUAUACAGUAUACAUUUGGGCUGCAUUCAGAGUUGAGUUCUACAUCUACUGUUGCACUAGGCUUGAUUUUGGCAAAGUUCUGCCUUUUAUCCUUUUUUUUUCUUCUUAAUAUCAGCUUGAUUGAGGAGCAGUGUUGAGUCCAGCACCGCUGUCUGACAGUGAUAUAAUUACAAUAUAUCAUGCUGAACCUCAUGCUGUAAAUACACAAAAAAAUACCAUACAAAUAUGACAUCAAUAUUGACAUCACUUGGACAAUACACUAAGAAGAUUACCCUAAGAGGUGCAUAACCAAACUCCACAAAUUGUCCUGUGUAAAUAUUCACAAACUGUAAGUCUCUGACAUAAAUGAUCGACUCUGAAUAUGGCCCCUACAGUAGAAGCAUUUGUUUACUUGAUGCAAUGUUAUGUGGCACACGUGACACGUGAAUCUAGUCCGUAUCAUCUGUGCAGCUUUUCCUUUAUAUAUUAAAUAUUGCACAAAUACAACAUUACUACAGCAUAUGUGUGUGUAUUAUGGAUGAGUAAGCAUGCAUGUAAAUCUCAGUGCACUUGUCGUUGUAUAUCAGUGAGAGCUUGUCAGUAGUUUUUUUGGAAUUCAUUGAGGGAUUGUAAUGAAAAAUAAAUCAUCCGAUAUGUGAUUGUC